UAUCAGAAUCACAUCAUAAACAACUUUAUCCGUCCGAGGGGGGGAUUUCCAUUAAAAUAGCAAAAGUUAAGAGCCUAACAUAGCAACAUAUUAAUCAAGAGGCAUACAUAAAAUAUUAAAGAUAAAAACAGAAAUGGCAAUUUACAAAAAGUAACUUCCAGGUUGACAAAAAAAGUAACUGUAUUUUAUAUAAUACUUCUAGUCAUUGUUGUUACAAUCCGUGUACCCAUUUUUUUUAACAAAACAAGAUGAGACAUGUUUAGCAGUUGCUGCGUUACAUAGGAACCAAUCUACCCAGGGAGGUUGGGUUUGACGGACGUUUUUAGUGUAGCACCACUGGUCCCAUCUUGGUUGAAAGAGAAGGGACAGCAAAGCAAACCGUCCAUAUUAUCGCUGCUUUGUCAGCACUUUUCACGGUGAUGGACCCUCCUGGUGGGGGAGAUGAACGGCGUAGACAAGCAGAACGUCUUCGUCGGGAGGAGGCAUACUAUCACUUCAUUAAUGACUUGAAUGAAGAGGAGUACCGCCUAAUGAGAGACAGCAACCUGCUGGGCACACCUGGGGAGGUGACUGCUGAGGAGCUUCGGCACCGUCUUGAUGGCGCAAAAGAGCGCAUGUCGUCUCAGCCCCUCACUGAGCAGCGUCCGCAGACUGCUGAUGCUGGAGAGCAGCAAGGCAGCAGCGGGGACAGAGAGGAGAGAGGGCCUGGAGGGAGACGAGGAGCAGGGGGCACAGAGCCUGGAGCAGAAACGUCUAACGGUGACUCAUUACUGGAGUGGCUUAACACUUUCAGACGCACUGGUAAUGCUACUCGCAGUGGGCAGAGUGGCAACCAGACAUGGCGUGCCGUCAGCCGGACCAACCCUAACAGUGGAGAAUUCCGCUUUAGCCUGGAGAUCAACAUUAACCAUGAUCAGCCAGAGCCGGGGGAGCAUAAUGAUGCUACGGACUCUUCAGAGCUGCCAGUGACUGCCCCAAACACAACCUCACCCUCCAUACGCACUGCUUCUACUUUCUCUCACUUUCGCCCUUUAUCCACACCUAGGCUAGUCCCGUACAGCAACCCCCGCCCAGCCCUCAGUCGGAGGAUGCAGACACGCCGUACACGCAGCAGCACUACCACUCUUUCCAUGAUUCCCUCUUCACUUCCUGCACCAGCUGCCCCCCCAGCGGCUGCUCAGAGGAGAAGUGCCACUUUGCACUCUUUAGCCCCUCCCCCUAGUGUUCCCAACCCUCCUAUUGAUCAAACUACUCAUUUGCAACAUCAAGGGGUGAAUGCAGGGGUAGAGCAGGCCAGUGAUGGUAUGUCUGCUUCUAUAGACUGUCCCCGUGUGUCACCGCUGACAGGGUCUCCAGCAGAUGGACACGAAUCCCGUGGCAGUAGGACUCGUUCACGUGGCCGUGCACGUAGAGCUGCAGCAGGGAGCGGGAUAAUUCGACGCUUUUCGAGGCACAGCCGUUCCCCCAUGCAUAUAAUACCUGUUGCCGGUAACACUCCACCAUUAAGCAGUGGAGUCGGUGGCUCCAACAUCCACACUGCUGAGCCAGGCAGUGGCACAAGCUCUGUUUCCGUGGAGACCGUGGCAGAACCUGCAGUUCUAUCUGAGCCAGCUGCAGAGACAGGAGAACGUGAAAGUGAAUCGCAUGCAGCGGGAGCUGGAAGUUCAGCGGUGCGGCGUCACCCCACCAUCAUGUUGGACCUGCAGGUUAGAAGGAUCCGACCUGGUGAAAACCGCGAUCGGGACAGCAUCGCCAGCAGAACGCGUUCCCGCGCCAGGGUGGCUGAGAAUACCGUCACAUUUGAGAGUGACAGUGGUGGAUUCAGGCGCACCAUCUCCCGCUCAGAGCGAGCGGGGAUCCGCACCUAUGUGAGCACUAUCCGGAUUCCUCUGAGGCGCAUCAGUGAGACUGGCCUGGGGGAGCCCAACUCCACCGCCCUGCGCUCCAUCCUGCGCCAGAUCAUGACCGGAUUUGGUGAGCUGAGUUCCCUAAUGGAGACGGAGGCAGAUUCUGAAACUGUUGCACCUAGCCAUGCAGACGCUAGUGUUACCAAUAGUAGCACCGGUCCAGCUACUCGUUUACAUACGAAUGAGAGCGUAGCUGGCCAGGUUGGUACAGGUGGGGUGGAUCAGGAAAGGGUGGGGCAGGUGGGAAGUGAGGAGGAACAGGGUGGGCAGGCCAGGCUGGGAGCAGCGGUAGUGAGCCCCACAGAGGGACGAGCGACCAGCAGAGACACCAACAACCUGGUAGAAAACGGUACUCUACCCAUCCUGAGGCUGGCGCACUUCUUCUUGCUCAAUGACGAGGAGGAUGACGAACAUCCUAGGGGCCUGACCAAAGAGCAGAUUGACAAUCUAGUCACACGCACCUAUGGUCAGGCCAACCUGGAGGGGGAGAUAGGUAGAGCGUGCAGUGUUUGCAUCAAUGAGUAUGCCCAGGGCAACAAGCUGCGGCGCCUGCCCUGCUCCCAUGAGUUUCACAUCCACUGCAUCGACCGCUGGCUCUCUGAAAACAACACCUGCCCCAUCUGCAGGCAGCCCAUCCUCGCAGUGCAUCAUGACUGACCUAUUUGCUCACAAACACAACUACCAAGUUCCUGGCUGGCUGAACCGAGCAGACCCAAGUGGGCUUUGCAUGUACAUAGCGCUUUCAUGGUUACUUUUCUUUGAAUAUAUGAAUUGUGUUUGAAGUGGGGAAGGUUGAACCAAAAGUGCAGAAAAAAAGAAACUAUAAAUGCAGAGAAUUAACAAAACUUUAUUUUUUUAGACUUUGUUUUCAGCAACUUCCUACUGUUUAAGUUAAUCUUCCUAUGACCUAUGUUUAACUGGUCUCUGUCACAAAGCUUAAGACGCCUGUGUCAAUGGAUGGCAUUAAAUUAUGCUUAAGGAGCUCCUGUAGCCGCUGCUGAUUAGUCUCACUUUAAUGUCUGAAACAUGUGACGUCUCUUUGUCACAACUGGUCUCCACAAAACACUUCUAGAUUUGGUUUAUUCCGUAUAAGCUGUAAAUAACUCGACACUGCUUGUAUUUAAGAGUUUAAAAGCAAGCCGCUCCUCACAUGCCAACUGUUUAAAAUGUAAGCAGAAAUCUUUUUUCUUUAAGUCACCAUUUUAAAGCUUCGGCCUCCAUUUGAAGGUGACCCUUUACAGCUGGUUAAGAAAUGUAUGAUUUGUUGGGAUGUGUAUGAUCUAUGUAUUUCAUUUUGAAAUAAGUUUUAUUCUGUACGUUUAGUAAUAUCUGUUUAAGCCCGUUCAAUACACUUAUUCUAUAUAAUUGCAAUACAGAUUUUAUCCAUAGAAGUCAGUCACUAAAAUGUUGGAGUCAGUAACAUUACCAAUAUGAGCAGCACAAUUUAAAUAAAAUGCAGAAGGCAUGUGAUAAUCAGGAAUUCAGAGAUGUAAAAUGUAGUAGGAGUUGUGCAAUACAGAGAGAAGAGACAGUAUGCUUUGUUUUGCUGUUCAUUGUUGUUUACAUUGUAAUGCCUGAUUAUCAUCUGCACUUAAAAACAAAGUCUUGUUUACCCUGAAA